UCUUCGCUCCGUGUUGUUGGGCCGUGGCGCUGAAAGGAGCGCUCCCAGCCGCAGGGGUGGAUGGCAAGGAGCCGGAAGAAAGAGAAGUCAGAAUAAAAGGACGUAAAGCAGAAAAGAAGAAGAAGACUAGGAGGAGGAGAGGAACGAGGAGAGGGAGAAGUCCAGAGGAGGAGAAGAAGUGAGGAGCUGGUGGAGUGACUCAGUGUGAUUUCUUUAACAGCUGCAGCGGCUGUCAGUCAAACACGAACAGACCCGCCAGGUGGGCUCAGGCCCCGCCCCUUCAGGCUGCCGGUGUUGUGCUGCAUUCUGUGACCGGAUCAACUGCGUUCCUGCCUGCUGCUCAUGUUUCCAUCACUUCAUGCUCAAAAAGCAAAGAUGAAUGGAAGCGGCUCAGCAGGAAAUCCCAGCGCUGCCUCGUCUUGCUCACUUCCUGCCCACGCUAACGAGGGGACGCUGAAGACAGAGCCUCCGAAGAAGGACCACCAGAGCAGAGAGUCUGCCAGUGUGCCUGGGUCACAGAAGAACCAGAGGCCAGGAGGGAACAAACAGGCUAAAGAUCCUCACACGGAGAAAACCUCAGAAAAUACUCCAGAGACAAACAGGCUAAAGGCUAAAGAUUCAACUUCUUCAAAAAAUGAAUCAAAACCAGAUCGACCACAACCAGAAAACCUCUUUCCAGACCAAACCGAACUAGAUCCUGUUCUUGAAUCAAAAGAUUCUGGUUUGGGGGCAGAUCAGAGGAACCUUGGAGAUCCUGCCAGACCAAAACAUGAACAAGAACCGGGUGACUCUCAGGACUGUCAAAACCACAAAGAUCUUUUUUGUGCAGAUCAGAAAACUAAAGAUGAGAAAAGAAACUCAUUUAUAACUUUGCUAACAGAUGAAAAGGAUGUCCAGAAUAAGCUCCAUAUUUCUGAGUCCAUAGAGGAGAAAAAACCUGAGAGGCUUCAGCAUUUCCAAGAUCCUCCUCACCUAAACACCCACAAGUCUCCUCCCCCUUCUCCUGCAGACCAGAAAAGACACUUGGAUCCUCCAGCUAAAAGAUCCGCCCUGGCUCCACCAGCUCCACCUCUCACCAUUGAGGCUUUCUGUGACCAGAUGCAGCCCGGCCCUGCAGGUUUUCCUUCCGGGGAGCCCAAACUGUGCGGCUUCCUGAUGAAGCAGGGUGGGCCUCUGAGGGCCUGGAAGCAGCGCUGGUUCACUUACGAGGAGAAGAAGAACCAGCUGUUCUACUACCGCACACCAAACGACGUGAUGCCGCUCGGGUGGGUGGAGCUCAGCGGUGCCACCUUCACCUACCCACUGAAGUCAGAGCCGGGUACCUUCCAAAUUAAGACACCUGAACGCACUUUCAUACUGAAGGCUGUGACCGAGGAGCUGAUGCUCUAUUGGCUGCAGCAACUACAGGUGAAGCGCUGGCAGCACCGAAUGAUGUCCAUGUGCUCAGACCCAACAAACAACAACAACAACACUGCAGAUGACUUCCUGCCAGUGUUGAAGAGCCCCAUCGGUCUGGUCGGGGAGGGGGCCGCCAGUGUGCCGAUGACGCGAAUUCCCCUCGCCAACGUGUCGCUCAAGCAUCCGCUCAUCGAGAUCCAAAACUCAGUCCACUGUCUGCGUAAGAGGUCAUCCCAGGACUGGAGUCAGAGCGUGUUUCAUGUAGAAGCUCCUCCCUGGAUUCCCCCGAACAUUGCCGACACAGUCAACACCCCCAGUUCUCCAACCCUCAGCACUCCCUCUGAAUCCCCGAGCCUCUCCCCUCCCCUACCAUUGCUCAAUGCCGCUGAUCAGGCGCCCCCUACAGAUGGCAGGGAGUCACCAUCACUGUUUGAGAGUUGCAGCCGCAGGGUGAAGGCUCGCAGCGCGUCCACCUUGCCUGUCCGCCGCAGAGACAUGGCGUCUCAGUCCUCAGACCGGAUAGGCCGCUUGCAGCAGGAGAAAGAGAUGCUGAUGGAGGAGGUCAAAGCUCAGAAGGAGCUGGUGUGGAUCCUCCACAAAGCGCUGGAGGCUUCUCAGCUGGAGAAGCGAACCUGUGCCGAGUUUUUGGCAGAGGAGGAUGAGCAGGAACGUCUGGAGCUGCUCCGACACCGCGAGCGGCAGGCGGCCGACCUCCGGGGGCGGCUCGACGAGGCCAAGAUGGAGGUGGAGAUGGUGAAGAAGAGUCUGGCUGAGAAGGCCACGCAGGUCGCCGAGCUGCAGCACAACAACAGGAUGCUGAAGGAGAAGAACAACGCCAAACAGGAGGUGAUCAUAAAGCUGUCCGAUCAGGUGACAGCGUGUCUGUCAGAACCGCGGCGCCCCGACUCGUCCUCUGCCGGCCGCAUCAACUCUCAGACUCUCAGACAGCUUCGGCAGGAGAACAACAACCUCAAGGAUGACAUCGAGGCAUAUAAGACUCAGAACAAGUUUCUGAACUCUGAGAUCUACCAGCUGACCAAACUGUGGAGGAAAAGCUCAGAGCAGGAGAAAACCCUGAUGGUGAAGUGUGCUUUCCUGGAGGCCACUAACUGUCAGGUGGAGAGCCGUUACCUGGGAGUCCUGCGGAGGCUGCAGGAGAUCAAAUCUCUGCAUCCGGCCCAGCGGGAGGCCGUGCAGAAAAUGAUCGAGGACGCUCUGAAGGGAGAGCUGAAGAGAGUCACGAAGCUCAGCGUGCACAGGGAUCAUGAUGAGUACGGCUUUAAGAUCAUCCCAGACUACGAGGUGGAGGACAUGAAGCUGUUGGCAAAGAUCCAGGCACUGGAGAUUCGCUCCCACAACCUGCUGCACCAGGAGGGUCUGGAGCACCCCCUGCUGAGCCGCUGGGCUCAGUACCUUGCAGGCAGGUCCGAUGAUGCCUUCAUCAUCUCACCUGAGCUCAAAAUUCUGGUGCGUGAAGGCGUCCCUCGGGAGUAUCGGCAGAGAGUGUGGCGCUGUUUGGUCCGAACCAGAACUUUGACAAGCCAAGAGUGCCACAUGCAACGCUAUCAGCAGCUGUGUGAGAAGAGUCGGACAGCUCCUAAUCCUGCCUCCAGGCAGGUCCAGCUGGACCUUCACCGAACCCUGACGACCAAUCAGCACUUCUCCUCGCGUCCAGCCCCGCCCUCCAGCCCUGCCCUCCAGCAGCUCCGCCGCGUCCUUCUGGCCUUCUCCGGGCAUAACCCUGCCAUUGGCUACUGCCAGGUACUCAACAGGUUAGCGGCCCUCGCUCUGCUGGUCCUCCAAAGUGACGAAGACGCCUUCUGGUGUCUGGUGGCAGUGGUGGAAGCCAUCAUGCCUCAGGACUACUACACCAAGAAUCUGGUGGCCUCUCAGGCGGACCAGCGCGUGCUGAAGGACUUCAUGGCGGAGAAGCUUCCUCGCCUGGCAUCUCACUUUGAGGAUCACAACAUUGACGUCUCUCUGGUCACCUUCAACUGGUUCCUGGUGGUUUUUGUGGAGAGUCUGCCCAGCGACAUCCUGAUGCCUCUGUGGGACGCCUUCCUGUAUGAGGGUACCAAGGUGAUCUUCAGAUACACUCUGGCUCUGUUCAAAUACAAAGAGGACGACAUCCUGAAGAUUCACGACAGCGUGGAGAUCUACCAGUACCUACGCUUCUUCACAAAGACCGUCUCCAAUGCCAGGAAGCUGACCAGCAUCGCCUUCAACGACAUGAACCCACUCCCCAGCCGGCUGCUGAGGAACCGGCGAGUGCUCCACCUGGAGCGCCUGCAGGCGGAGCUGCGUGAGCUGGAGGAGCAGCACAAGGAGUUCAUCACCGAGAGGUCGUACGCGACAAAGGAGUGA